ACAAAGCACUCCUCUUAAAUGACUGCGGAAAAUCUCCAUUCUUACCAAGGAAAGUAAUUGCAUUAUAUAAAAAAAAGAAUUUUUAAGAGGAAGGAAUGGAACGGCACGUUGCAGUGAAAAUGAAAAACUUUCAGGUACCGUGUGUUACAGCAAUAUACUAUACAUGACAGACUGGUGAAGAGCUGUUUCUUGGCAAGAGAGCAGUGCUGAAUUUCUUUUACCAAACAUUUUAACAUUGUUCCAGGUUUACAAAGCAACAUGACAAAUGCUGCGGAGUGCCCUACACUGUCUUGUUCAGUUACGCUGGAAUGGCUGAAUUCACAGAAUUGUGUUGUGAGAAAAUCUGCUCUUAAGAAUGUCAUUUUAAGGCUCAUCAGAAAUGAGUUCAGGGAAAUAUUUCUUGAAAUCCUGACAGAAAAAGGAACUUCUGUUAACAACAGGUUCCAAUUGAAAGGGAUAACAGUUCACAAAAAAUUUAUGGCAGAAGGGAAAGCAUCGAUAAAUUUUCAACUUCAAAAAUUAAUUUUAUUGAUUUCAAAUGCACCACCGGUAAACCUUCUGACGUUCCUGAAGACCGUAUUUAUAAAAUUAAGUGCAGAUACUGCUUCUACCAAGGUUCCCAUUAAAUCUAGGUUACUGUCUGCAAAAGAUAAAAUAAUGCAAGAAAUAAGUCCAGUUACUCUGCAAGAGGUAAAUAAAGCAAAGGCAAAAGUAAGCUUACCGAAUACUGUAACUACACCACCAACUGGGAAGAAGAGGCCAUUGCAAACAAUGCAAGUAAUGGGCACCAAGAAAAUUCGGAUAGCCUCAGGUCUAGACCCCUGUCCUUUAACAGAUGAGCAAAAGCAGGUGUUAGAAGCAGCUCUUAAGGGCCAAAACAUAUUUUUUACAGGUAGUGCUGGUACUGGUAAGUCCUACCUACUUCAGCGAAUUCUAGGAGCAUUACCUCCAGAUGUUACAGUAGCCACAGCUAGCACAGGUGUGGCAGCCUGUCAGAUAGGUGGUGUAACAUUGCACUCAUUUGCAGGAAUAGGAAGUGGUCAGGCUUCCAAAGAACGCUGUAUUGAAUUGGCUACUCGCCCACAGGUUCAGCAGAUGUGGAGAAAAUGUCGUCAUCUAAUAAUAGAUGAAAUUUCUAUGGUUGAAGGAGAAUUUUUUGAGAAACUGGACUAUGUUGCCCGAAUAGUGAGGAACAAUGAGAGACCAUUUGGAGGAAUACAGCUUAUCCUGUGUGGUGACUUUCUUCAGCUUCCACCAGUUUGUCGUGAUGCAAAACCUGGUCAAGCAAAAAUUUGUUUCCAGAGUGCUGUCUGGGACCAGGUUAUACAUACAAGCUUUGAACUUAAUAAAGUGCAUCGCCAGGCAGAUCCAGAAUUCAUUAAAAUUUUGCAAAAUGUACGGAUCGGCAGGAUCACUCCAGAAAUUUCGGAUAAGUUAAUAUCUACGUCGAAACAUAAGAUUGAAGUGGAAGGAAUACUUGCAACAAGAUUGUGCAGCCAUAUGCAAGAUGCAGAUUUGAUCAACCGUACUAAAAUGGGAGAGUUGCCAGGGAUGCCAGCUAUUCGUUUCUGUUCCAGAAAAGAGUAUGUUAUUCGUCCAGAUCGCUGGGUUGUGAAAGCUGCUGGAGGUACAAUACUUACAAGAAAGCAGCUACCACUUAGACUUGCAUGGGCUUUCUCAAUUCAUAAAUCACAGGGCUUAUCACUGGACUGUGUGGAAAUGUCUCUAUCACGUGUGUUUGAGGCAGGUCAGGCAUAUGUUGCUCUGUCCAGAGCAAAGAAUUUUGAUACAUUGAGGGUUCUUGACUUUGAUCCUAAACAGGUCUGGGCAAAUCCAGAAGUUUUGGCCUUUUAUAGGAAAUUUCGGCGAACUCUACAUGCCAUGGAAAUUGUUCCUUUAGGCAAAAAAGCCAGAAAACAUUACUAAAAGUAAAUUAGUUUCAUUAAUUUUGUUUCAUUUUGACACUGUACUUU